AUGGAGGAGUGUGAACAGGCAUUCCAACAAUUGAAGGAACACCUUGGGAAACUGCCUCUGCUGUCCAAACCGGCGGCUGGAGAAGUGCUGAGCCUGUAUCUGGUGGUCUCGAAACACGCCGUUAGUUCAGUGUUGAUCCGUGAAGAGAAGAAGGUGCAACUGCCGGUGUAUUACAUCAGCAAGCGCCUCCUCGACGCAGAAAUGAGAUAUCCCCAAAUGCAAGUACUACAAAAGCCCGACACUUCUGGCCGACUGCUUAAAUGGUCCAUAGAGCUUAGCCAAUUCGAUAUCAACUACAAGCCACGGACCGCCAUCAAGGGCCAAGCCCUAGCUGACUUUGUGGUAGAGUUUGCGGGGUUGCCAGAUGGAGCAGAAGAGGGUAAUGCACCGCAACGGUGGAAGCUCUACGUCGAUGGGAGCUCUAAUGAAUAUGGCAGUGGAGCAGGACUGGUAUUGCAUACACCUGAGGGACACAAGAUAACCUUAGCCAUCAGGUUUGAAUUCCCUGUGUCUAAUAAUGAAGCUGAAUACGAGGCACUACUGGCUGGACUCCGGUUAGCAGAGCACUUAAAGGUGGGAAACAUAGACAUUUUUAGUGAUUUGCAGCUAGUUGUGAAUCAAGUGAAGGGCCAAUAUCAGACCCGGGAUGAGAAAAUGGUCACAUACCUCAAGAAGGUCAAAGAAGCCUUAGAAAAAUUCACAGCCUAUGACAUACAACAGGGGUACUAUUGGCCUAAUCUCAAAAAGGAUGCAGCUGAGUAUGCGAAGAGGUGCGAAAGUUGCCAAAGGUACACCCCUACCCCUCGACUGCAUUCAGAGGACUUAACAUCGAUAGUCUCUCCCUGGCCUUUUGCUAAAUGGGGGAUUGACCUUAUUGGUCCACUACACAAAACCCUUGGGGGAUACAAGUUCGCCAUUGUGGCCAUCGACUACUUUACCAAGUGGGUGGAAGCCGAGCCACUGACGACGAUCUCAGAGGAAAAAUGUACCAACUUCAUAUGGAACAACAUAGUUUGCAGGUUUGGUGUACCACACUCUCUCGUGUCUGAUAACGGGAGACAAUUCAACAAUGACAACACCAACCAGUUUUGUGAGCUAUUGGGAAUUCAUAAGAAUUUUUCCUCUGUUAUAUACCCAUAG